AUGUUGGGACAAUUCCAGCGAGUCGACGCGUCGGAAAAGAGUUUGUACUUGAGCCCCAAUAAGCUUGCGCAAGACAAUGCCUACGGAGAGCUCCCGUAUUCGCCUGAUCCUUUUCGUCAAGAGGAAGGGCCAUUGCGAGACGGAGGGGUACCAAAGCUUUUCUCCACCGAAUCAUGUGGCUUGCUUGUGCAGUAUGCCGCAGUAGGACUCAUGAUGGGAGCGCUACCGAGUGCAGUCACGCCGUUCUUGGGUUACUACCUAAAUAUGGAAGGUCAAGCCACCACAUCAGCCCGCGCGUUGCUUGGUAUCCCAUGGUCUGCCAAAGUGUUCAUUGGAAUCAUAUCGGACUGUUUUCCUAUCUGUGGCUUUCGUCGCCGACCGUACAUGAUCAUCGGCUGGAUGCUUUGCUCACUUUGUCUCGUCGCCAUAACAGCACUUCCACUGGAGAAAUCCUACUUUCCUGAGGCAGCGUGGCGAGAAUUGAAGCCCGACGAGUACACAGCCGAGGAAAUUGCUGCGAUAAAUUAUCAUGCCCCUGCUUCAGGAGGCAAGUACGUCGUGUUAUUGAUGCUCGCAACUUUAGGCUAUGUAGUUGCGGACGUGGCAGCAGAUGGCGUAGUCGUCGAGUACGCCCAGCGCGAACCUAUCGCAAUUAGAGGUCGGACACAGACCGUAAUCUACACCGUGCGGACAAUCUUCAGCAUUUUCGGAGGUAUUCUUGUGGGCUUUGGGCUCAGUUCACUGCCCUAUGGCGGAGAUUUUGCUUUCGGUAUCAGUUUUCCUGUGUUUUCGCUCAUACUGGCCGUGUGCUGCAUUCCGGUGAUUCCAUUAACUUGGUACUUUGUCUUCGAGGUCCGGGUGCGUACUCCACAACUGCAUCAAUACAUCAAUCUUCUAUGGGAAGCACUGCAGAGUCGUGCGCUCUACCAAGUCAUCGCGUAUAGCUUCUUCUCUGGAGUAUUUGGUGGAAUUGGUUACGUAGCUUCUGAUCCUGUCACGAUGUAUUGGGCCCGUGCAACAAGCUUCAGUAUUUCGGUCUCGCAGAUCAUCGGUUCAUGUGUAACAGCCUUCACGCUAGCUUUCAUGGGACGCCACGGGCUAGACUGGGACUGGCACCGUGUUAUUGUCAUCACCACAAUAGUUGUAGUGGCGUUGGAUUCAGUGUGUACAAUGCUCACUACAUGGGCUGUUGUGCGCAACCAGUGGUUCUGGCUCGGCUUGCCAAUUGUGGAGACUAUACCAUCGAGUAUGAACUUUAUCGUCUCGAGCUUUGUGGUCGUAGAGCUGGCUGAUAAAGGCAAUGAAGCUGCCAUUUAUGGACUUCUGACGACAGUUGGCAACCUCAGCAAUCCAUUUUCGGCGACGCUCACCAAGACAAUCGAUGAGCCUUUUGCUGUUAGCAACCGAGAUAUUUUGAACGAUUCACAUGCCACACGCCGGGAUGUCACGAUCAUCGUUCUCGUUUCUUACACCAGCAAAUUGCUCUCGCUACUGUUUCUUGUCCUGCUUCCGAGACAAAAGGCGGAGACUCAAGCGUUAAAGCGCAGUGGCCAUAGCAGUAAGCUACUUGGUAUGAUUACCAUCGCGUACUGCAUGUUCGCGUUGAUCUGGUCACUUCUUAUCAACUUGCUAGGAAUCUUUAACAGCACGAGAUGCCUCAAAAUUGUUGGCGGGUGUUAA